AUGGAAAAGGGCUUCUUCAAAGUUUUCAUCCCAGAAAUCAGUACAAAACGACUUAAACUUUCCCCAGGAUAUAUUGAUUACAAGAAUAGAAUGCUACCUAGGAAUGUUUCCCUUAGGGAUAGGUUUGGAAAUAUGUGGCCUAUAGGAGGAACCAAAUCAGGAAAACAUAUUUAUUUUGAACAUGGAUGGGAGAAAUUCAUUGAGGAUAACAUCGUAGAGUUUGGAGACUUCAUUAUUUUUGACUAUGAUGGAACUAGAAUUUUUGACUUUAAACUACUUGGAAGAACUGGAUGUGUAAAGAAAGGAGAUGGAGGUUUAAAAUUUUCUAUGAAGGAGGAGGACGAGAAAGAAAUGAAUGUUGACCAUCAAAAGAGUAUGGAGUUAAAGGAGAAUACUUGGGCUAGAGAUAGCACUAGCAGUUCAUCUUCUAAUGAUAGUGAUGAGGAUAACAUGGUAGAAGAAGAAGAUAAUCGGGACGAGGAUUAUGAAGAAACAAAAAAGGUGCCACCUUCAAAUUGCAUCCAUCUGGAAGAGGAAGAAGAACAAGAGGAGGGGGCAGAGGGAGAAGAGAUUGAAAAAGGCAUCAUGUUCAAAAUGGAGAUAUUUGGAAGAGAAAAAAGAUGA